AUGAGGGAAGACGACGAGAAGGACGCGAUACGGCGUGUUGGCAGUAAUCGAGCGCCUGUGACUGACACCCGUGAUUUGAAGUCGACUUCUGAGCUAGAGACGGCAAGUGACGAGGAGGCAGGAUCAUGGAGCCCAGACGACGAGCGACCUGCCGGUAGUGAGCGCCGAGAUAUUGGGUCGGUUGACCCGAACGGCGCCGGGAGGGCAGAUGCGGCUACUACCGCCGGACCACGAACAAGAGUCUGGCAUGGCGUGUGCAGUCUGCUCAUGUGGUCUCCUAAGGCUUGCCGCUAUGACCCUGAUAACCCGCCUCGCCUGUCUCUUGGGCUGAACAUCCUGUUCGGUGCGGCUGCUAUGGUCACUGUGGCCAAUCUGUACUACAACCAGCCUAUUCUCAACCGUAUUGCCGAGACUUUUGGAGUUAGUUUCGAGCAGUCGUCGACCAUUGCAACUUUAACCCAGGCCGGCUAUGCUGCUGGACUCCUCUUGAUUUGCCCUCUCGGCGACGUGUUCCCUAGGCGGCCCUUCAUACUGUGCUUGAUUGCGUUCACCGCAACUAUUUGGCUUGCUCUUUGCCUUUCGACUUCUUUCAACCUGUUCCGCGGUAUUUCAUUCGUAGCCGGUUUCACCACGGUCACGCCGCAGCUCAUGCUUCCGUUGGUUGGAGAACUCGCACCGCCACACCGCAAAGCGACAUCAAUGUCCAUCGUGGUCUGUGGCUUGGCGCUAGGCAUGCUCGUCGCCCGUGUGCUCUCUGGCAUCGUCGCGAACUAUACUGACUGGCGCAACAUCUACUGGGUCGGGUUCGCUCUGCAGUGGACUCUCCUUACCCUGCUCUUCCUUUUCCUGCCCGACUAUCCCUCCAAGAACCCCGAUGGUCUAAACUAUAUCCACAUGCUCUGGACGAUUGCGAAGCUUACUGUCACGAAACCUGCGCUGUUGCAGACGUGCAUCAUUGCUUUCUGCAUGAGCGCCGUCUUCACCUCUUACUGGACGACAUUGUCCUUUCUGUUGUCGUCAGCGCCCUACUUCUACCCACCUAUCGUCAUUGGUCUCUUCGGCCUCAUUGGGAUCUUUGCGAUCUGCUGCGGCCCAGUUUACAGCCGCUUCAUCAUGGAUAAGCUAGUUUACCAUAACUCGGUCGUCAUCGGAGUCGCACUGACCAUGGUUGGCGUAUCCAUCGGCCUCUCGACAGGCACAUUCACCGUCGCUGGACCGAUCCUGCAGGCCAUGCUGAACGACUUUGGAAACCAAGUCAGCACGAUUGCGAUGCGCACCGUCAUCUACAGGAUCGACCCCAAAGCGUCCAACCGGAUCAACACGGCCUAUAUGCUGGCAGCAUUCAGUGGCCAGCUUACUGGAACCGCGGCAGGGAAUAGGCUAUACGCUCAGGGUGGCUGGAGAUACAGUGAAGGACUAAGCCUGGGCUUAUUAGGCUUUGCACUCCUUGUCACAUUGGCUCGAGGUCCGAAGGAGACGGGCUGGGUUGGUUGGGGAGGGGGCUGGGGUUUCUGGAGGGAUGACCUGCCGCCGCGAAAGCCAGAGGUUGCCGCAACUGCUGACGUGGAGGCGACAGCCGACUCCCAUGGGUUAGGUGUACCAGUGGAAGAAACGAAGGGAGCCAGGCCAAAGUAG